UUCACCGUGUUCCAACUUCCAACUCGGAGAGAAACACCUCCCAUCUUAACUCAGUGUCAGCCAUGGCGUCCGUACCUUCCAUAUCACCUCAGAGCUUGCUUCCCCUAUCAAAACUAAAACCCAGGUCCAAACCCAUCUCGAUGUUUUCCCAGACCACCCCACUUUUCUCGAGAAACAAACAGAAAACGAAGAAGUCGAGUUUGGUAGUGAUAGUGAAGUCCAUGGUGGAAGAGCUGGACGUGAUCCCAGUACAGAGUACGGACAGUACGGACCAGCAAGAGGGCGUGGUGGUGAGUAGGGUGGAGAGUGAAGGUACUGGUUUAGAGACCGAGUUGGUGAGUGGGUUCGGAGCUAGUCACGAGGGCAGGCUAUCCUUCGAAGGUGCCGGGUUUUCUUCUUCGGGCUCGGUUGGUGACGGAGUAGGGAAGAGAGAGAAUGAGGAGACAGAGAGAUUGAUUCAUAGGACCAUCAACGCUACCAUAGUUUUGGCCGCGGGUACUUUUGCCAUCACCAAGUUGCUCACCAUUGACCAGGACUACUGGCAGGGGUGGACAAUUUAUGAGAUAGUGAGAUAUGCACCUCAACACAACUGGACUGCCUAUGAGGAAGCUCUUAAGAGAAACCCAGUUUUAGCAAAAAUGGUUAUUAGUGGAGUGGUGUACUCUGUAGGGGAUUGGAUUGCUCAGUGCUUUGAAGGAAAACCUCUCUUUGAGUUUGAUAGAAUACGGAUGUUCAGAUCAGGCCUUGUUGGCUUUACUUUACAUGGUUCCCUUUCUCAUUAUUAUUACCAGUUCUGCGAGGAACUUUUUCCUUUCCAGGACUGGUGGGUGGUUCCUGUCAAAGUAAUCUUUGACCAAACUGUAUGGGCGGCAAUUUGGAACAGCAUUUAUUUUACUGUCUUGGGAUUUUUGCGACUUGAAUCCCCAGUUAGUAUUUUUAAUGAAUUGAAGGCAACGUUCUGGCCCAUGCUGACUGCAGGGUGGAAGCUUUGGCCAUUUGCUCAUCUUAUUACCUACGGUGUGAUCCCAGUAGAACAAAGACUUCUUUGGGUGGACUGUGUAGAGCUUAUCUGGGUGACAAUACUCUCAACUUAUUCAAAUGAAAAAUCAGAAGCAAGAAUCUCUGAGGCACCGGUAGAACCCAACUCCAGUUCCCCAAACAUAGAUAAUACUCUGGAAUGAGCAAGAUGUAAACAACCAAAAGCUGGAUAUUAAAGAAGAGGAUUUUACUCUCAAUUGUGAGGUUGAAAGAGUAAAUCAACUUUCUGAUGGAUUGUGAUUCGAAGUAUACAAAGCAAUCUGGAUCAUGGCUGGCAGAACUGAUUAUCGUAUAUAGUGCAGACAUCUUAGAAACUUGCAUGUGUAUAAGACAUAACCCCUUCUCCCCUUCUUCCUUUUCAUGUGAAUACAUUGCUUCUACUUAUAUUUUUGAAACCAUUUAACUGUUCACUAUAGAAGUUCUAUACAGACUACAGAAAUUGCUCUUUAAAGGCAGAUGAAAACUUGUCCCAUUAUUGGACUAGUUUGGUUGCAGAAUAUGCUGCAAUCCAGUUCUUGAAAAGCAGGGUUAUGAUUGAACAAAUUUAUGGCUAAACUUCAAAAUUGCACCCGCAUAAGUUUUGGGGAUUGUUA